AUGAAGGAUGCGGCCGAACAUGGCGCUGUCGCCGCCGUAUUUGCUGUCGCUCGUGCUCUCGACAGCGACAGCAUCAGUCCCGCAGACAGCAACGCCGAGGCAAAAGUCCUCUCGCAGCUUCCCAAGGCUCAUCGGGACGCGCUCGAGUCGCGCAUUGCGGUCCGUGGCUCGCUGGAGAUGGUCGCUGGCUUUCCGCGCAUGGCCUCCGGUGCCUCGCCCGAGAGCCUGCACGGCUACACGCUGGUGAGUGAGGCCGUUGGCGAGACGCCACGCAAGGCAUAUGUCUUUGGCGCCCGUGACGGCGUCCCGGUCAUGCACCCGGUCCCGCUCUGGGGCUACCAACUCUACGAUGGCUCAGUGGUGGUGGCCGACUCGCCGGUGCGGGUGGUGGCCAGUGGCAAGCGCUUUGUGGCCGAGUACAAUGGCCAGCAGCAUGUGCUGGAGACUGUCGACGAGGUGGUGGCGUUGGAGACGAGGGCACGCAAGUCCGAGUCCGAGGCCGCCGCCGCCGCGGCCUUUGUCAACUCCAAGCCGAUGCAAGAACUCACAGUUGCCGUGCUCAUUGUCAAGUUCUCAGACGAGGCGAGUGCGCCGACUGACGUUGGCUCGUUCACACGGCUGAUGAACAAGGUUGAGGCGUACUGGACCUCCAACUCGAACGCGUGCUCGUCAAUGAGCCUCACCUUUUCGCCGAUCCUGGACCUGGCCGGGACCCGGGCGUCGUACGGCGGAGCAGCGUGCCCGAUCUCGUCAUCGGGAGCGACAACGUCGCCGCUGGACGACGAUGCGUGGAACGCGUGGUCCGGCCACUCGCCGUCCGACUACGACCGGUACAUCAUUGUUUUCUCCGAGUUUUCGACUUGCCCAUGGGCCGGCCUCGGCCUGGUGGCAGGCGGCGCGUCUUGGAUCAACGGCGUCACCGACCCGGACGCUCACUGGCACGUCACUGCCCACGAGCUUGGCCACAACUACGGACUCAAGCACGCAAACUUGUGGGUGACGGCAGACCGAGCCUCGCCCGGUGGCGACGGUGAGUCUGUGGCCUACUUUGACGACUUUGACAUCAUGGGUGCCAUUUCAAUCGAGGCCGACCGGAGCUCGUUCCACGUCAACCCGCACAAGAAGUUCGGGCUUGGGUGGAUUCCGAGCAGCGACGUGGCAACGGCCACGACGUCGUCAUGCUCGACCACCCCGUGCACAUAUCGGAUCAAGGCCCAUGACCACCAGGGCGCGUCCGGAACGCGGGCACUCCGCAUCCUACAGUCGGGCAACCGAUGGUACUGGAUGGGCGUGCGGCAAGCGAUCGACUACGCGCCAGCCGCGCGGUUCUUUGCCAAUGGCCUUGUCUUUCACUACAUCGACGACUUUGGCGACUCGCAGGUUGAGCGUGAGUCAAACCUGCUCGACAUGACUGCGCCGUACACUUCGUCGUCGGCGUGGACGAACUUGACCGACGACGCUCCGCUGCAGGUCGGCUACUCGUAUCGCGACGCCGGGGCAGGUAUCACCAUCACCCCUGUGGCGCGGUACAACGAUAAUGCAGGCAACGCGGUCAUGGACGUGGCAGUCUACACUGGGCCGGUCAACAACGCACCAGUGGUGUCGUCGCUGGCGCUCGGCGGUGGCUGCAGUACGCCCACGGUCGGCGAGGCGCUUGUGUUUGAGGCCUCGGCUUCAGAUCCCGACGGUGACGUCCUAGUCUACGGGUGGAACUUUGGCGACGGCAACUACGGCUCGUCGACCGGUCCGCGCAUCACCCACGCGUACGGCACCUCACACGCAUUCACGGUGACGGUGACUGUGUCGGACACACGCGGGUCAAGCGCCACUCGGACACUGGCAGUGACCGUCGAUAGCGGCGCGGGCUCGUGCGGGUGCACGGAUGCGAGCUCAUGCUCGGGCCACGGCGUGUGCGCCGGGAGCGUGUGCGCGUGCUCUGGCAACUACACCGGGGCGACGUGUGGGACCGAGCUGAGCGUGGCGUCGCUGAGUCCGGAGCACAAGGUUGGCGCCCCGGCAGGGACCAACGUGACGGUCACGACGACCGCUGGCGUGUUUGCGGUGGGCGGUGAGCCGUGGUGCUGGUUCCGUCCGCAGCGGCCGACCCGCGGCUACCGCCUCAGCGAGACGACCGUCAACUGCCCGGUACCGACGCCGGCAACGCUCUCUUCCGAUCCGUACACGGUGGUGGUGGAGGUCUCGCCGAACGGAGGGAGUGACUGGUCGGACUCGCGCAAGCCGUUUACCUACGGCGACUGCAAGGACGCGAUGUGCUCGGGCCACGGGACAUGCGUGCAGGCUGUCGGCCGGUGCGCGUGUGGCACCGAUUGGACGACGGACCCGACGACGUCGAACGAGUGCGACAAGCCACUUGCGCUAACCUCGUUUUCGCCUGCGGCUGGGCCGACGACGGGCGGGCUCCGAGUUAGCCUCGCCGGCUCGAGCUUUGACGUCUCGCCGUCGUGCGCCGACGUCGUGGUCAGAGUUAAGGACACCGGGUCGUCCGGCUGGGAAGCCGUGGUGCCUGCGCAGCGGCUGUCGGGCACGACAGCCGCGGUUGUGCUCCCCGCCGCGCCUUCGGCGAUGACGGUCUCUGUUGAGAUUUCGCCGAACCGCGGGCGCGACUGGGCGGCGGCAGCCGGCAGCUUUACGUACAUUGCCGCGGCAACGCUGCACGAAGGCGAGACGCUGACCGGCCGCGUGGCGUCUUCCGGCGCGACAGACCGGCUGUACUUUGAGUCGUUCUUUGGCGAUGCCUCGGUGGGGCUGAGCGUGACUCUGACCUCUCCCACAGGCGGCAACGUCAAGCUUGCGGUCGGCCUCGGGGUCGGCGCACACGACUCGGCAUGCGCAGAGAGCAUGGUGGAGUGCCCGGCCGGGAACAGUCUGUCGUUUGCUGCCGGCUCGAGCUUUGUGGGCGUGUACUCGAUCGAGGUCUCGACGACCGACGCCGGCGGGGCCGACUACUCGCUGACGAUGGGCGUGGCCGGCGGAGCCGGCACAGUCAUCGGGGUCACACCCAACGCAACGGCGGCACAGCCGGGCUACUCGGCGUCAUCGAGUGAGUGGCGGCAGUAUCGCGUGCCGCACGUGACGGGGCCGUUUGCGACCCGCGUUGCUGCAGUGGCGAGCGACUCGGCGCGGCCGGUGAGGAUGGCGUACGUGGCCGGCGGCAGCGCGCCGGUGGAUGCCAGCACAAGCGGGGCGCGAGUGGCAGACUCGUUUGUGGUGCAGGCGUGUCAGGACUCGGCGAGCUACUUGAUGGGCGUUGCAGCAGACGGAUCAACGGGCAACACCGGCGGAGCCGGAUUCAAGCUCUCGGCGCUCCGCAUCUCGCCGCCGACAGCGCCGGUGGAGUCUGUGGCAGUCUCGUCGACGUUCCGGUCGAUCACGAUCGGGUGGUCUGCGGCAAGCGACCCGCGGACGCCGUCUGACGAGCUCGAGUACUGGGUGUACUACCAAGGCUCGCUGACGGCUGGAACGUUCAACACGACGUGCCGGGCACGGGCGGGGACGCUUGCAGCCGGCCCGCUCAAGGGUCUCGAGCGAUACACUGUGCGGAUUGGGUCGCUCAAGCCCGCAUUUGCGUAUGACCUCGCCAUUGUGGUGCGGAACAGCGACGGAGUGGAGACGACGUACGGGCAGCAGACCAAGCGAACGGUGCCGUCGGCGUGCAUCCUGCUCUCGUGCGUGGCGCUGCGGUUCUGGAAGAAGCGCAAGCGGCGGAAGACGCUGGCCAAGCAGCAGGAGGCGCGGGCCAAGGCUGGCGCCGCUGCCGUCUCGACCCGCAAGGCCAAGGCCAAGGCCGCGUUCAAGCCGCGUGGCAAGGGCGAGCUCAAGGUGGCGCAGGGUGAGGUGGUCAUCCUUAUGGGCCAGCCGACCAAGCAAGGUUGGAUCAUGGCGCGGUCGGCCAAGGGCAAGCAGGGUCUUGUCCCGUUCUCGUACUUUAAGCUUGCGCAGGGCAAGGGCAAGGGCAAGGGCCGCAGCGGCCGGCGCAAGUCGAGCAGCGGGAGACGCGGCAGCAACCGCGUGUAG